AUGCUUGACUUUGCGCGACACGUCGCGACAACCAGCGAGCCGAUGGACUGGUUCCGCAGGCAGACCGAGAAGCACCGGACGCCACUUCUGCAGGUCUUCCCACGGCCGUUCGGGAAACCAUUCGUGUUGCUUUCCGACUUUGGCGAGGUACAAGCCAUGAUGCUCAGCCGCAAGAACGUCUUCGACCGCUCCAGCCUAUUCCGUGACAUACUCGGCGGUGCCGGCGAGCAUCACCACAUCCUGAAGAAGUCUGGCAAGGAGUGGCAGACCCAGCGCAGCCUGCUUGCAGACCUCAUGGUUCCCGCUUUCCUUCACAAUGUUGCGGCUCCGCACAUUUACACGGCCGUCCACAACAUCAUCGAUCUUUGGGAGGCGAAAACUCGCAUCGCUGAGGGCCGUCCUUUCCGAAUUGACCUGGAUGUUGACUAUCUGGCCCUGGACGCCGUGUUAGCCUUCACAUAUGGCGACAGCUACCCUGAGAGAGCCGUGGUCUCGCAAAUUGAUGCGCUUGAGGCUUUCUCCGACAAAGAUAUCCUGAGUUUACGCAAAAAAGCACAAAAGCUUGGCGACGACGCCCCAAUGGACUUCCCGCCGGCACCGAUUCACGAGGACAUGACAGCCAUCUUGACAAUGGUGCAUAUGGCGGAGACUCUGCAGUCGAGUGUGUUCCCUGCGUUCACGUGGUGGUGGUUGAGCAAGACAUCAAAAAUUCGCAAUGCAUGGGCCAGGCGUGAUGGUUUAGUCGCCAGCCAGAUCGGAAAAGCCUUGGAUCGGCUCCGUGAGAACGGUGAAGACGACACCUGGCUUCGAAAUGCAGUCGACCUGAUCGUCAAUCGAGUGAGGAGUUUUGCGAAAAGGGAGGGCAGAGAACCAAGCUACAUCAACCCCAUGACUCUUGAAGAAGUCUUUGGAUUCACGAUGGCUGGCCAAGAAAGCAGCUCGAGCACGCUCAUUUGGGCCCUGAAGUACCUCACGAACCAUCAGGACGUGCAGAAGAAACUCCGCUCUGUGCUACAUGCGAGCCACAAGCAGGCCUUCGCCGAAAAGCGUGAGCCGUCGGUCAGCGAGAUCACCCACACGCAGAUCCCGUACCUAGACGCCGUGAUGAACGAGUGUCUGCGACUCGGCACGCCAAUCCCCUUCCUGGCGCGCGAUGCCGAGGUCGACACCGAGAUCCUCGGCGUGCACAUCCCCAAGGGCACGACCGUCUUCGCCCACACGCUCGGCCCCAGCCUCAUGACCCCGACACUGGAAAUCGACCCAAAGCUGCGCUACCAGACCCCGCAGGGCUCGCGGACGGGAGAGUGGGACGACGAGGACAAACCCAGGUUCCGGCCCGAGCGCUGGCUGGUCGAGAGCCGCGACCCGAAGACCGGCGAGGCGACCGUGGCGUAUGAUCCUAAUGCAGGCCCCUUCUUGGCCUUUGGCAUAGGUCAGCGUGCCUGUUUCGGUCGGCGCAUGGGCUUGUUCGAGUUCCGUAACUCGCUGACUCUGUUGAUAUGGCACUUUGAGUUCUUGCCGGUGCCAGAGGCACUGGCCAGCUAUGAUGCCCGAGAUGGGCUUACUAGGAGACCAAAGGCCCCAUAUGUACGCACCAGGAGGGUGGUGUACUAG